AUGGCAACUACGGGUAGUAGCAGUUCAUACUGCCUCUCAGCACAGAUGCCAUCAUCACGAAGGUAUCCGACGGAAAUAUGCAUGCCAAGUCGGUUCCACGGACAUUGCAAACACCUGAAGAACACUGGAACAUAUCACGGGGCGUGUGGCAACGUCCGAAGCGAGUGGCGAGAAGCCACAACUUCUAACUCGCUGCUACCAGAACGCGGCUCGUACGAACCUCAGGAUGGAGGACCGGCUGUGGUUGGCUCAAUUUCAAGACAAGCGCCUGGUGUGAAGGAAGCUCAAACUUAUGUGGCUAACGGUGUGGCUGACAGACACGCAGCGCAUCCUCCCCUCCCCUCCUUUUUAAGUUUCACGGGCAACAUCGGCGCGCUCGCGAGGGCCAAACAAAUCCUCCAGCCAACGUGUGGGCCCUCCGCCGCCGAUCAUACAAGAGAGGCUGACGAUGUGGCUGACGAUGUGGCUGACAGCGUGGUUGACAGACAUGACAGGCAGGAUUGGCGUGCUCGAUCUGCACGCAUCGAGAGCGCGACUUGGGUGGAGCAGAGGCUGACGGUGCUGUCGAAGCUGACGUUGACCCGGCAGCCGCACGGCAGUCAGCCGCCUCUGUCCAAGGUAUAUAAGACCCCCCUCUCACUCUUUCUCUCCUCACCCCGGCCGGGUUCUUCGCUUUCGACUCGCUUUCGACUUGCUUUCGGGUACGUCUGCCUCCUUGAUCAACCUCCAUCAACGCGCAAGCCCGAUCUGAUCAAUCGACGCAAGCGUUUCAAGUCACAAAGGAUGAACGGUGUCGGAGAGCAGCCAACUCUCCGACUGAUGUUCGACGGCCAACACCUGCACCCCGGCGUGGUUGCCCGGGACUGCAGGGCCUAUGUACGAAAGGACACUGGCGACACAGCUAGACCACCGCGCGCCUUGGAGGUCGCCUCGGAUGCGCGGCAAGUCGCCCUCGGGCGCGAAGCUACGGCCAACACCUGCACCCCGGCGUGGUUGCCCGGGUCUGCGGGGCCUUUGAACGAAAGCUCUCUGGCGAAACAGCGAGACCACCGUGCGAUGGGGAGGUCGCCUCUCUGCGCGGUCACAUGCGACGGCCAAGACCUGCACCCCGGACUGGUCGCCCGGGUCUGUGGGGCCUCUGAGCGAAAGCUCUUUGGCAAAACGGCGAGACUACUGCGUGCCGGGUCGGUCGGCUCGGUGCGUGGUCAUAUGCGACGGCCAAUACCUGGGGUCCGGAGUGGUUGUCCGGGCCUUCGGGGCCUAUGGAGGAAACUCCACUGGCGGAACAGCAAGACCACUGCGCGGCGGGGAGGCCGCCUCGGUGUGCAGUUACAUGCGACGGCCAACACCUUCGGCUCGAGUUGUCACGGUCGCUCGGGAUUGGAGGGCCUGUGGGGGAAACUUCAUUGGCGCAAAGCGAGACUGUGUCACCGCCUUGGGUUCGACGAUCGGCCUGGGGCGGUGAUGUCCUCACGGAUGGACAGCGACGAUAAGAAAUACAAAACUCAUACACAUAAUGGGUAUACUGGAUUCUCAUGCGCACGCUUCACCGCACUCUCUGUGCUCCUUCAUCACGCAUGCACGAUGCUCACAGAGUACGGGUACCUGAAGGAGCGCGAUCCAGCCAGCCAAUGCAGAAGAAAGACCAACCAAGUUCAGCCAGACACCAGCGCAGAAGAGUGA